AUGGCCAAGACUUUUGCCUUUGUCGCCCUUGCUUGCGCGUGGCUAUCCAUCUCCCUUCGCGCUUCCGCUCGUACUCUGCAUGAGCGUGCAACUCCGCAACGUCCACAGCCAAUCUCGCAAACAAACCCUGAUGCGCGACGUGGAGAACAGCCGAGAUUCUCGUCCCAGGCCAUCGACGCCUCUCGCCAACCGCACAAAAGGGGCCUGAUGAUGCCGACAAAAUUCAAAAUCUUCAAGCUGCAUCUGCACAGUCCAAAGAUGCGCGCGAAAAUGGUCAAGGAUCCAAGAGGAUAUGCGAAACACCUCGACGACGUCGCGCGGAAGAGCAAACAAUUGAGCCCGCACAUCAACUACGCCAACAUCGCCCCUACCUUUGCUGGAGGCAAGAAGAGCCGGUACGAGGGCUAUGCAUUGCUGGAAAAGGCUGGAGGACAGCCCUCAUCGCUAUACGCUGAUCCCAAGCUGAAGUUGAGCAGUGGAUGA